AUGUCCUCAGAGAAAAUGAGAUACAGCGACGACCUGGCGAGUGUGCCCUCCCCGCAACCACACCCCAAUGUCGAGGAUGAGUCGGACAAGCGCCUGCGCGACCUGGGAUAUAUUGCAUUCCAGACGGGGUUGUUUUCGGGCGGGCCGUUGGGGUUGUGGUGGAACCCGAUCGAAGGGAUGAGUUCGUUUGAUGUUUGGUUGACGUUAGGAGGGCCGUUCGUCCUCGUGAUAACGCUCCUCGUGAAGGCACCUGCAAAGAACUCGGAGGGAUCCGAAUCCAUCGAUUUCGAGAACUCCCGUGGCUUUGUCGUUUUCCUGGGCUUUCUGCAAGCAAAUGCCGUCAUCCUCGCCCCGCUCGCCGUCGUCUCCUCCAUCGUCGGCUCCUGGCUCAUCGGCCUCGCCUUCAUGCUCGCGCUUUUCUUCUCCGCGCAGCCCAUCGCCUCCGUCUAG